AUGUGUCUUUCCUUGGUAAACAAACAUACGCACAUCACCAAUACGCCCAUCGGCAACAUCGUAUCACAUCCCACCCCUUGUUCGGAUUCGAGGCGUCGCCGUUUCCAUCCACAUAGGCAACGGGGCAUACUUCAACUACCUGUCAACAAUAAGGCAGCAUCAACAGCGGUGGUACCACUGCUCUUCCGGUCCGUAACGCUCCCGCGUGUCAAUCCGCCAGGAAGUGCUCCGCCGAAAACCUGUGCCAUGGGCCAUCCACAUGGCAUCGCUGCACUCCUAACGCCGGCCACCGCCUGUUUCGAGAGCCCGUUCUCGGAGGCAAUCUACACCUUGCUGGGGCGUUUUUCUUUCCCAGCUUUCAAUUUCAAGGAGGCGUUAACGUUAGCACCCGCUGAGCAUGGCUGGGCCAUUCUUGGACGAAAACGUCCGUUGUUCAUCAACCUGACCUCCAAUUUGGAGAAGUCACCUGAAAUUCUUCAAAAUCACUGA